GUAUAUAAAAUGUCAUUUAGCCAUUUACUACUGACUCAUAAUAAUGGGGACAAGAUUGCGCCAGAGCGUGAAAAUUGUCGGAAACCUUCGAGAAGACUGGCAGCUAAAGUACUUCAAUUCAAAAUGGCCGACGAGAAAGGAAAAGCAGAAGGAUUGCCAAGCCAAAAUUACGCUGCUGUUAAACCUCCAUUUACGGCAGAUUACGAAGUUUUAAAAGGCAUGAAAGUGCCGGAAAGUAUCACAGUCAAUUCUGAUAGAAACAUGCAGCAUUUUGGUGAGGAUAAACCUUCAUUUCAGGGGAAUCAAAUGUCGGUUCCUGACAAAAUUGUUUGGAAUGGAGUUGAUCAAAAUGCGACACAAGUAAACUCAAACAUCAAUUUGCAAAGUGGCGGAGUCAAUUUAGAUAAUUAUAUGGGAGGCAUGGUGACACCUCCUAGGACAUUGACUGUAGACGAUGCAACUUCUCGUUAUAUCGACAGAAGAGUUGAUGACAAAAAUGAAAGCCGCCAAACAGGAUUUGAGAGGUUGUCUAAAAACAUAAUUGAAGAAUCGGAUAAUGCUGAUGCAAUUUCAAAUCCAAGAAUUCAAGGUGAGAUAACUCGACUGAGAGAGCGGGUUGAGUCACUGGAAAAUGACAUGAAUGCCAAACAACCAAGUCGAUUUUGGACAACAAUUGGCUUUUGGUUUCCAAUUAUUUGUCCCAUUAUUGUCCAUUGGUAUUUUUGCAAACGUCAUUAGAAACAUCUUUGCAUUCAAAAGCUGAACCAUUACGAUUAAAAUGUGUAUGGAAUACACUAUGGUGUCAUGAUUUACAAUGGCAACAAGUUCUACAACUGGGGUAGGGUAAACAAAAGCAGUUUUUGUCUGGAUGGUAGGCAGAAUAUGGAUUGUAGUAUAGAAUCAUAUCCAGGUGGUGGAUAUGUGACAGGGAAAUUUAAGUUCCAUAUAUGUGUUUAACUUGCAAAAUGUAUGAUGCUAACAAUAACUACAGUACAGAACAGAGAAUUGAACCACUAUUGCAGUUUUUAUUUGCA